CCCCUUUAUAAACCCUCUCUUCUCUUCCACUCUCUUACAUGCAAAAGAAAACAAAAUUCAAUAAAAUAUCACUCUCUCUCUCUCUCUCUGUCACUCUUAUAUGUACAUAAAAGAUAAGGUCGAGUACCUAAGUUUCAGCUGUACAUUCAUUUGAAAAAGAAUACUCUGUUUUGCUCUGUUUUUCCCAACAAUGGCUUCUUUCUCUGUUUUCUUCACUCUUUUAACUUUCUUCUCACUAUUCCUUUUCUCUUCUGCUAAACCAUUAGUUUUCCCAUUAACACAUUCAUUUUCAAGAACCCAAUUCAACAGUACUCACCAUCUUCUCAAAUCCACAUCAGCUCGUUCCUCCACGCGCCUCCACAACCACCGUCACCCUCACCGCCAAGUUUCCUUACCUCUCACUCCAGGAAGUGAUUACACGCUCUCUUUCUCGCUUGGUUCUCAAACUAUUUCUCUUUACAUGGAUACUGGUAGCGACGUCGUUUGGUUACCUUGUCAUCCAUUUGAUUGUAUUCUUUGUGAAGGGAAAUAUAAUCCUACUUUUAUCCCUAACCCUGGUCCUAUUAAUCUUACCACUGCUAAACCCGUCACGUGCAAGUCACGUGCUUGUUCUGCAGUUCACUCUUCGUUACCUUCUUCUGAUAUCUGUGCUAUAGCAAAAUGUCCACUUGAAGAUAUUGAAAUAUCAGAUUGCAAGAAAUACACGUGUCCACCUUUUUAUUAUGCUUAUGGUGAUGGGAGUUUUAUUGCGAAAUUAUAUAGUGAUGAAUUGUCAAUACCUAUGUCAUCACCGAACUUAAUUUUGAAGGAUUUUACGUUUGGUUGUGCUAAUAGUGCACUAGGUGAACCUAUUGGUGUUGCUGGUUUUGGACGUGGUACACUUUCUUUACCAGCUCAACUAGCUAAUAACAAACCGGAGAUAGGAAAUUAUUUUUCUUAUUGUUUGGUUUCACACUCUUUUGAUACCACUAAAGUUCAUCGACCAAGUCCGUUAAUUCUUGGUCGUUAUUCAGUUGAUGAAAAAGUGAAGAUUUACGAUGAUUAUGCUUAUACACCAAUGCUGGAAAACCCAAAACAUCGAUAUUUUUAUUGUGUUGGACUUGAAGGAGUGUCUAUUGGGAAAAUCAAGAUUCCGGCACCGGCGAGUUUACGGCGAGUUGAUGGUAGAGGUAAUGGCGGUAUGGUGGUGGAUUCUGGUACGACCUUUACGAUGUUGCCGUUAAGGUUUUAUGAGACAGUGGUAACUGAGUUCGACCGGCGUGUCGGACCGGUUUAUAAAAGAGCGAACCGGGUUGAAGAACGAACCGGGUUGAGUCCGUGUUACUAUUUGGAUAAGGGUAGUUCAAAUGUGCCACAAUUGUUGUUACAUUUUGGGGGAAAUUCUAGUGUGGUGAUGCCUAAGAGAAAUUACUUCUAUGAAUUUUUUGAUGAUGGGAAAGUGAAAAGGAAAGUUGGGUGUGUGAUGUUGAUGAACGGUGGUGAUGAAGAGGAAAGUGGGCCAGCAGGGAUAUUGGGUAAUUAUUUUCAACAAGGAUUUGAGGUUGUUUAUGAUUUGGAAAAGAAAAGAGUUGGAUUUGCAAGGAGGAAAUGCGCAUCUAUGUGGGAUAACUUGAACCAGCACUAAUGUGCGUCUUUGCUUAGCUGAUCAAACUUGACGCUGACUUUGACUUGUUAGUAAAGUCAAAUAGGGUCGCGUCAAGGAUAAUUUGAGAAUAAAAGUGUUUGAUAUUUUUUUUCUUUCUUUUCUGUCCCAUAUGUUAUUGUAUAGCUGGAGUUUUGGUAUAUAUUAGACAAAAAUAGGAGAAGAGGACGGAGGACAAAUGAAUAAAAUGUGGGUGUAAAUUUUUGGCA